AUGAACUCGCCCUGGAAAGGCAAAGCAAAAGCCACCAACCAAGAUUAUGACGACUUGCGACCAACCAUAACUUACAGGCACCUUCUAUCCAAUAACCUCGGCGUUAAAGAUCCCCUACGCGUUGUCGCCUUAUGCGACAGUGACGCUUUCUAUGCUGCCUGCGAACGCGUUCGGCUUGAGCUCGACCCGAGCGUACCAAUCGUCGUACAACAAUGGGAGAGUCUCAUAGCAGUGAGCUACCCUGCACGUGAAUUUGGCAUAUCGCGCAUGGAUAAGAUCAAGGACGCCAAGAAGAAAUGUCCUAAUCUAAUUGCCGUGCAUAUGGAGCCCGGCUACUGGGAGGAUAUCGAUACGCGCACUCACAAGGAUCUAUACCGACGUGAAAGCAACAAGAUCAUUACCAUGUUUAAGGAGGCUCUUCCAACCGGUGAAGUUGAGAAAGCCUCCAUCGACGAAGCAUUCAUCGACUUCACUCGUCCUGUGAGAGAACAGUUACUUGAACGAUAUUCAUACCUUGCCCAAGUUCCUGCCGAUGCCCCAAAUGGGAUAGACAGCCCGCUACCACCACCUCCUCUAAUAAAGUGGGAUGAUCUGGGAACAGUCUUAUUACCAGAAGGAACUGAUAGUGCUGGCGAACAAUCUAACAUUGAAGUUGACGGUGAUGCGACAUGGCACGACCUUUGUGCUUCUUACAAGAAACCCAACAGUCAAACUAUCCUCCGGAACCAGGCCAUUCCAAAUUACCUCCAUCCCUUGCCCUUUCAAAAAAUUCGCUUCCUCGGUGGAAAGCUCGGCGAUGCCUUAGCGAAAGAGUAUGAUGUUUCAACUGUGGAACGGUUUUCACUAGACGAAAUACAAAGCAAGUUCGGUGAGAAUGCGCUAUGGGUAUAUGAAUUCCUUCGUGGCAUUGAUCGCAGUGAAGUCAAAGAAAAGUCUGCGUUGUUCAAGAGCAUGUUAGCAUCAAAGAACCUUCCGAAGCCGAUAACCCAGCCCUCGGACGGACACCAAUGGAUCCGAAUCCUUGCUGCAGAGUUGGCAUUACGACUCAAUGAUGCGAGAGAGUCGAUGCCGACGCUCUGGCCCAAGACUAUUGUGCUCCAUGCUCGGAAAGGAUACGAAACGUCGCGAUCUAAACAAGCCACUUUCCCUUUCGUCCGCAAUGUGACAGUAGACGUGAUUGCGACAGCCGCGGAUAAGCUUUGGAAAGAGCUUACUGGCGAUGCGAAGACCGUUAAUAUCACAUCGGUCCAGCUAGCAUUUACUGGCCUGGAGAAGGCUGAGAUGGGCCAGAAAAGCAUCGAAGGGUUCUUCACAACUCGAGAUGUCCAACAAACAUCCCUCAAACGUUCGCGCGAAGAAGAUGAGCCUCUGGUUUCGCCUGAGAACACUAAGCUGGCUCUGCCCGAAUUUAGCUAUGUCGAGGCUGUUUCAUUCAAAUGUACCCGAUGUCGUAAGACGAUCGCACUUCGGGAAGACCAAGGGACAGGUGGUCCCAACGAAGUAGCACAGCGAUUGGCAACGUUACGAUCAGAACAUGGCGACUUUCAUUUCGCACAGGACUUAGCAAACGGCAAUGACGGGUCGGUGCCUGUACCUCGCGGUUCAUCGUCGAAGCGGAAGAAAGUGGAACCAAAAGGAAUCGCGAAGUUUUUCAUCAAGAAGUAG